AUGGCAUCAUGUAUCGGCAACAUGAUCAUCAACGGUUACCUAUCUUAUACCGCUAUCGCAUUGAACAUUACCACAAUACUUGCUCUUCGAAAAACAGCCUCGCCUUAUGUACCAAAGCCACUAAAGACUUUGCUGCUGAGUCUGGCUAUUUCUGAUCUUAGUGUCGGUUUAGUGCUACAACCGUGGUACAUUAAAAUCCUUUCCACGCUGAUGGGCAGUGAAAAAACUCCAAAGCUUCAGACUACAUUUAAAGAGUUUCUCUCUACAGCAUGGUUUCUAUGCAGUGUUUCUUUCCUUGGUGUCGUAGCUCUAAGUGUAGAUCGGUUCUUGGCUAUUCAUCUUCACCUCAGGUACCAGGAAUUUGUGACUCGUAGGCGAGCUGUUGCUGUAGUGAUCUUUGUAUGGGUUAUGAGCGCGUUUUUGACAACCCUGGUUGACUCUGUGCUAAAGCAAAAUGGAGCAGUUGUUUACAUAAGUAUAGAAGCUCUUUCUCUUAUUACUACGGCGCUGUUUUAUUAUCAAAUAUAUAUCGUGGUAAAACGCCAGACGAAUCAAAUGCGAAACCUUCGUAUACAACAGGAACAGACAGAAAACAUUGCAAGUGCGGCAAGAUUGCGGAAGUCUGCUCUUGGCACAUUCUGGGUAUAUGUGGUGUUUUUAGCUUGUUACUUACCAGAUAUUAUUAUACAUACAGCCAUCCUAAGUGCCGAGAAAAACUCGGCGCUAUUGAACAAUCUGCACCUGUGGGCGUUGACUUUGGUGUUUUUUCAUUCCUCUAUCAAUCCUCUGAUUUACUGCUGGAACAUGAGGCACAUUCAAUACACCAUCUUGGACAUAAUUCGCACCAUCGUUUUCUCUAGGCGUUAA